AGUCAUUUGGGUUUAGCCGUUUUGGCCGAGAGCCAACUUGUACGCCCGUCCUGGCAGAGCCCCUGCCCGUCAUGGCGGCCCCGCAGCAGAUGUACGUGGUGAAGCGCGAUGGGCAGCAGCAGGAGGUCAGAUUUGACAGCGUCACGAAGCGGAUCCGGGCGCUGUGCGACGGUCUCGACCCCAAAUUCGUUGACCCAGUGCCCAUAACGGAAAGGUGAUCGAAGGUUUCUAUGCGGGGAUCUCGACGUCGGAGAUCGACGUGCUGGCGGCCGAGACUUGUGCCUACAUGUCCCAGAGGCAUCCCGACUUCUCGACCCUCGCCGCUCGCAUCGCGGUCUCGAACCUGCACAAGAACACUGCGAGCUCAUUCUCUGAGACUUGCCGGGUGCUCUACGAGUACCGCGACGCUCAGGGUCGAUCAGCGUCGUUGAUCGCGGACGAUGUCUACACCUUCAUUCAGGAUAAUUCCGAGCUUCUAGAUGCUGCAGUCAAUUACCAAAGGGACAGUGACUACGAUUUCUUCGGCUUCAAGACGCUCGAGAAAUCUUACCUUCUGCGCGUGAAUGGGAAGAUCGUCGAGCGGCCUCAGCAUAUGCUCAUGCGGGUGGCCUGUGGCAUUCACUGUGGCAAUGUUGAGGCUGCGGUGGAGACGUACGACUUGAUGUCGUUGCGCAAAAUGACGCACGCGACGCCGACGCUCUUCAACGCAGGUACGCCUACCCCGCAGAUGUCGUCCUGCUUCCUGCUCACUACGAAGGACGAUAGCAUUGAUGGAAUCUACUCCACGCUGAAGCAGUGCGCUCAGAUCUCCAAGUCCGCGGGCGGCAUUGGCGUCGCGGUUUCGAACGUGCGCGCGAAGGGCAGCUACAUCCGCGGUACUAAUGGUCAGAGCAAUGGGCUUGUGCCAAUGCUGCGCAACUUCAAUGAGACUGCCCGCUAUGUGGACCAGGGCGGCGGCAAGCGCAAGGGAUCAUUCGCAAUCUACCUGGAGCCGUGGCACGCAGACGUCUUCGAUUUCUUGGAGUUGCGCAAGAACCACGGCAAGGAGGAGCAGCGCGCCCGCGACCUGUUCUACGGCUUGUGGAUUCCAGACCUGUUUAUGCGCCGCGUGAAGGAGGACGGCGAUUGGACGCUGUUCUGCCCUAACGAGGCGUACGACAAGGAGACGUCCAGGGGAUUGAUGGAUGUCUAUGGCGAGGAGUUCGAGGAGAUGUAUACGCAGCUCGAGAGAGACGGCAAGGGUCGCAAGACCGUGAAGGCCCAGAGCCUCUGGUCCCGCAUCAUGGAUGCGCAGAUGGAGACCGGCACCCCGUACAUGCUCUACAAGGAUCACGCGAACAGGAAGUCCAACCAGCAGAAUCUGGGCACCAUCCACUGCUCCAACCUCUGCACCGAGAUCAUCGAGUACACGUCACCUGGCGAGGUCGCCGUGUGCAACUUGGCGUCGAUCGCGCUGUCGGCCUUCGUCAAGAGCGACCGUGUCGACGAUUACGAUUUUAAGGAGUUGUAUCGCGUCACCAAGGUGGCCACCAUGAACUUGAAUAAGGUAAUCGAUCGAAACUUCUACCCAGUCGAGGAGGCCAGGAAUUCCAAUAUGAAGCACCGCCCCAUCGGCCUUGGCGUCCAGGGCCUGGCCGACGCCUUCAUGAUGAUGCGGCUGCCGUUCGAGGGCGAGGUCGCCAGGAGGCUCAACGAGGACGUGUUCGAGACCAUCUACUUCGCGGCCUGCGAGGCCUCUUGCGAGCUUGCGGAGAGGGACGGGCCGUACGAGAGCUUCGCGGGAUCGCCUGCGAGCCGCGGCCUGCUGCAGUUCGACCUCUGGAAGCAGGCGCCCAGGAGUGGGCGCUGGGACUGGGCGCGCCUGAAGCAGAGGAUCGCCAAGCACGGCCUGAGGAACUCUCUGCUGGUCGCGCCCAUGCCGACGGCGAGCACGGCGCAGAUCCUCGGGAACAACGAGUCGUUCGAGCCCUACACGCAGAACCUGUACGUGCGCCGGGUGCUGUCUGGCGAGUUCGUGACCGUGAACAGGCACCUCCUCCGCGAUCUGAUCUCGCGCGGGCUGUGGACGGAGGACCUGCGCAUGCAGCUGAUCGCGCACAACGGCAGCGUGCAGGGCCUGGACCUGCCGGCGGACCUGAAGGAGCUCUACAAGACGGUCUGGGAGAUCAGGCAGAGGGUGGUGAUCGACAUGGCCGCCGACCGUGGAAAGUACGUCGACCAGUCGCAGUCGCUGAACAUCCACAUGACCGACGCGUCGACCUCCAAGCUGUCGUCCAUGCACUUCCACGGCUGGCAGCAGGGCCUCAAGACCGGCAUGUACUACCUGCGCACCAAGGCCGCCACUGAGGCGAUCAAGUUCACCGUGGACGUGGACAAGGUGAAGCGUGCGGGCACCAGCCCGGCGCUCCCCACGAUCGCGGAGAACAGCGGCGGCUACCCGGCCCGAGCCGCGGGGCCCGCCGCAGGCGCGGCCUCCGAGGGGGCCGUCGCGGCGUCGGCGGAGAAGCGGGCCAUCGACGCGCUGAAGGCGAGCGCGCCGAAGUACGAGUGCGUCGGCUGCAGCGCCUGAGGGGUGGGCGGGGGGCGGGGCCGCGCGGGGGAGCGCGAGCAGCCCGCGAAGCUCCGACGGGGGGCAGCGGGGGCGCGGGCAUUCGCGCCCCCGCUGCGUGCACAUAUCAGGGGCAACUCCCCCCCGGGUCGUUGACCUUCAGCCGGCGGCGCGCCCAGGGGGAAGGCAGAGGGGGCGGGCCUUCUCGGCAGGCUCAGGAGGCCUGCGGCCUUCCGAGAAGCUUUUUCCGAGCCUUCCCCGGAACCCCGCCGCUUUCGGAGCAGGCCUGCCCUGUCUCGGAGCCCUGCGGCUCUCCGGUGGCCGUUCCGGGCGAUCCGGGCACCCCUGGAUCAGGGCUGGACCUAAGCGGUGUUUUGGCGAUUCCGUGGGCCGUUUUCGCUUCGGCUUCGUUUUGCG